CACCUCUCCUUGCAAGACCAGUCACUGAGGAGACUGACUCUACUCUCCCUAUAAAGAAUGUGACUACUGCAAUAAUACCAACAACGAUGACUGUAGCUCCUCCUGUUUAAUAGAGACUGGAUUUGAGUGCACAUCCUGGAACGCCUAAGAAUGAAAAAAAAUAUGUGGAGAUGGGCUCAAAGAGGGCGACGAAGACUGUGAUUAUGCCAAUAGUGGUGAGACUGAUGGUUGAUACUAGAACUGUACAGUUGAGACAGAUCACACCAGUAUUGGAGAAGGUAACUUGACACAGUGUAAGAGGGAAUGGAGUGAUGGGUUCUAGAGAUGACUUAGAGGUAGAUUGAGAUUAUUAUAAUCAAAUAGAUGGUGAUGGGUGUGAUUUGAGGUGAGAGACAGAAGAAGGAUACAUUUGAAAUUCUCUCAACUUUUUAAAUAGUAUCUGAAAGCCGAUAUGUGGAGAUGGACUGGUUAUUGCUCCUGAAACAUGUGAUGUGCGAACAAUUUCAGAUAAGCUUAGAAGUAACUUUUAGUAGAGAUGGAUGUAGUUCUAAAUGAACUGCUGAGAAGGAUACGCUUUGAGUUAAGAAAACUCCAAGGAGACCAAGCAUAUGCAAGAAAUGAGACAUAAAACAUUGCUUAAAAUGAAAUCUAAAGGAUUAUAGCAUAUGAAUAAAAUGUGAGAAAUCUUUUAUACUCAGAGGCUCAACAAAAUGAUAUUAUGAAGAAAAUACAACAAUAAUUUUAAUAAAAUCACAAAAUUUGGCUUGUAAAAUAUAUUAUGCAAGGUAUAUCAAAUAAUAAAUUUAAAUUUUGAGAAAUAUUCUCCAAUAGUUUACAAAGUCUCUGAAAGUGUUCAUCAAAUGUCUUCAAGUUCUCAGGCAAUCUCAGGAGUCAGUGCAGGAGCUACAGUAGGAGUGUCAAUUUUAAAUUUAUUAUUCAUUGCAGCCAUCUGGUCAAUAGUGAAUCAACUCCAGCUCUAUUUGCUGUUGCUUCUCAUUAAAACUCAAUUUUCAGAAAGCGUAAAAGCAAUGAUUUUAGGGAACAAGAUGAUGCAGUUCAAUCUCAACAUUUUUUUGAUUGAUAAGCUUCAAAAAGUUCCAGAAUUUAUGAACUGGCUAAACAUUGAGCAAGAGAAUAUUUACCUCGAAACAAUCGGCAUUGAAUCCAGCACAAGUUUACUGAAU